GUUGCAUCUUGCUGCUGCAGCUGGGCUCUACCAAUGAUGACCAUGGCAAGGUGGAUGGCGAGGUACGGCAGCGCGCCGUGAAAACCACAUCCCUUUGGAGGGCUUUGUCAGCCGCUGGCCACCGUGUAUUGGUUCUUCCUUCUGGUGGAAAGGAUCCGGAUCGCUUCUUCAACCGCACCGACACCUCACACUGGAAAUAUGUGCGCAAAGCCUUGCUCGAGUGUGGACUGCCAGAGGAGAACAUCUCCGACCCAGGGCUGGAAGCGCUCCACACCGUAGAUGAGGCCCUCAUGGCUGUGGAGUUUGUGCGCAAGCAUGAAGUCUCCAGCAUGGUCGUCAUCACCAGCGACUUCCACACGUCGCGGGCCCGACACCUCUUCAACGUGGCCUUCGCCUCUGCUGAGCUAGCCCCAGAGCUGUUGGUGCUUGGGGUGCCCAACGCCUGCCGGGGCGAGGCGCUGCGUGCCUACCGCGCCAAGGAAGUCAAAGCUUUGGAGGGCCUACGCACUGAGCCCUUCGGCCCCUGGGCCGCCCAGCUUGCUACGGCAGGGCCCGCUGCGGCGGCGCUGAACGCAAACCCUCGCGCUCAUGAGCCGUUCUUUCUCACUCUGGCAGCUUCAGUCCGCUUGCGUGCCGCCUUCCGCACUGUUCUCCGCAGCUCACGUCGCUGCUGCCUCCGCUUGGAAGCAGCCGAGGACGGGAAAGCAGUGGAUUCAUCGAAAAGCUCUGGAUCAAGGAGCGAUGCUUCCGAGGAGGCCAAAGAAGCCAAGAGACCUCGGCUGAGCAACAUGGCAACCUGA